AUGGAUUUUGCAGAGAAUGAGAACGUGCAGCUGCAGGACAGGAACGAGAGGCCGUACGCGCUCGGAGACCCGCAGGAGAGGAUGGGGAAGCUGGCUGGCUCCAGAACAGAUUUGGCAGCCAGAAUGGUCUUCAGGGAAGAGGAAAAACUGAAGAUUUCCAAAGACCUUGUUGAUCUCCAGAUUGAGACAAACAAAAUGAAGGAACAGUAUGAGACGGAGAACUUUGAACUGAAAAAUAUGAUCCUGGCCCUGGAGAACCGCGUGCUGGAGCUGGAGCUCUGCAGUGAGAAAGUCACUGGGGAGCGGGAUGCCUUACGGGAACAUCUGCACGCUCUGGAGAGCAGUCGGAAGGAGCUGGCGGAUGAGUACAUCAUUUUGAAAAGCAAUUACCUGGCCCUAGGCAAAGAACUGGAGCAGGAGACUCUGACCUUUUCCCGACUCUCCGUUUCCUCCUCCUCUUUUGUUCAGCGGGCUUACGCCGUCUGCAUCGGCGGUCUCUCGGCGCGGAAGGUGAAGCCAGAAGAUGCAGUUGCCUCUGAAGACGAGCGGCAAAAGCUGGAGAGAAACUUGCUUGGAAACCAGGAUCCCAUCAAAGCGGAGCUCGAACAACUGAAGAAAACCUACGAUUUGCAGCAGCAGAAGCUGGAAGAGAGAGUGAUCGCCAUGGGGAAGGAGCUGCAGGAGGCGAAGGGAGCGAUCGGGGACACCCAGCAGAAGCUGGCGGAGCAGUCGGCGGUGCUGCUCACCUCCCAGAGCCAGCUCCAAGAGGUGGAGGCGGAGAACUCCCGGCUGCAGCUCCGGCUGAAGGAGCUGAACGAGGACUAUCGCUCCCGGCUCGCGCAGUACGUCAAGGACGUGGCGGACUACAUGGACAGCAAAUCCAGCAACGUAAGGGGGCCUGGCAAAGCCCCAGCUGAUCAGGCCCACAUGAAACGCUUUGUGGACAGCAUGCUGAAGGAUAUCAGGGCUUCCUACAAGUCUCGGGAAGAGCAGCUAGCUGGAGCGGCACGUGGCUACAAGAAACGCAUGAAGAACUUGGUCAAGAAGCAUGAGAACCUGCUGAUUGCUUACGGGCUCCAGCGAGAGCAGAUCCGGUCCUUGGGCAGCAGCGCUAUGGAUUGCGGCCCUGCCGAGCUCCACUUUUCCAUCACAGACCCAGAGCUGCUGACGAACACAACCCGGGAGCUAAACCGGCUGCGGGAGGAUAAAGCAAAACUGGAGAUGCAGCUCCAUGAAUUGCAGAAGAAAAGACUGAAAGAAACCUCCGCCUUUCCGCUGUCUCCCGAGCAGCAGCGGGAUGAGGAGGGCUGGGCAGAGGUCAGGAAGCAGCUCCGGGAGUUUGUGCACACCACCCAGGAGGAUUUGGAGCAGGAGAGGAGCCAGCUGCUGACGCGGGCGAUCGUGGCGGAAGAGCAGGUGUUGGAGCUGCAGGAAUACAUAGAUAAGCAUCUUGCAAGGUACCAGCAGGAGAUCCUCCGGUUGAGGACGCUCGCCGGCAGCGAGGUGCCACGCGCGCUCAGUGCCGGCGCGGCCGAUAUUCACUCACUGCCUGGAGCGAGAAGGAGCGUCAGCCACCGACCGUAG